AUUUAAAAUAUGACAUACAUUUAAGAAGAUAUAUUUAAAUAUCGUAAAUUCGAACAUAUUAGAUUCGUUAUUAUACCAAUUGGUUAAAUUUUUUAUUAGAAAAUUCGAAACCGAAUUUCUAUAUUUUUGCCUUUUAGAUUUUUUUUAUAUACACAAAUAAUUUCUCCAAUUGCAAAGCUUCAGCUCAGCCUACAGUCUUACCGACUCCGAGAGAAAAUCGAUAGCUCUAUACGAUGUCGUAUUUGCUGCCUCACCUUCACUCCGGCUGGGCCGUCGAUCAGGCGAUCCUGGCGGAGGAGGAGCGCCUCGUCCUCAUCCGCUUCGGCCACGAUUGGGACGAGACCUGCAUGCAGAUGGAUGAGGUGCUGGCCUCAGUUGCCGAAACACUAAAGAACUUUGCUGUCAUAUACCUGGUGGAUAUCACAGAGGUCCCGGACUUCAACACAAUGUACGAGCUGUACGACCCCUCCACCAUCAUGUUCUUUUUCAGGAACAAACACAUUAUGAUCGAUCUUGGCACUGGAAACAACAACAAGAUCAACUGGGCCAUGAAGGAUAAGCAAGAGUUCAUUGACAUCGUCGAGACUGUCUACCGGGGUGCUAGGAAGGGGCGUGGUCUCGUUAUUGCCCCUAAAGAUUACUCCACCAAAUAUCGUUACUAAACAUUAUGCCAUCUUCUGGUAUGGUACAUUUGACUUGCAAAAUGGACCUCCAGGAUAGGAUAAUCUGUAUGCAAGUUGGAAAUCGACGACCACAAACAUCAACGGUCGAUUCGAUUUUACGGUAAGGUUUGCAGACUCACAUCUAUGUAGUUGUUGUAAGAGACUGCACUAUGUUGUUUUGCAUUUGAUGUGAUUAGCCAUGAUAAACAAAUAUUGUUUCUGUUAUUAAUCAUCUUGUUUGCUGGUUGAACUUCAAUUGGGAUUAUCUAAGAUGUGCUACAA